UGAAUGAGUUGUCCAAACUUUUGACUGGUGCUGUACAGUGUGGGCUCCUAGUCUUUUGCAUUAAGCAGAGUUAAACUUCCUUGUUCUUUAAAGGGGAACAAUAGGUCUGUUCACUCAAGGGCGUGACAAUAGGUCAUGCCCUUGAGUGAACAAUUCUGUCGGUAACUUCAUUCAUCAUUUUGUUUCACGCUCAUUUGUCAGACCAGCAAAAGACAGUAACUACAGUAUAUUGUCACCUGUUUGGGAAGGUAUCUUCAUACAGAGUAACCUGAAUUGCUCAACCUCAUUCCUAACACCUGACUAAUGACUUGGACUGUCAACUAGCAUUCUAUUUUUCAAUACAAAAUGGACCGUUCUGGGACAAUUGCUUUUUAUCUGUAGGUGAAUAGGCCUAGCAAUGACUUUUCCAUUAUCAGUGUAUCUCAACAGUUUCACACUGUGAUUAUGUACAUUUAGUCAGUUAUCAUGUGGUUUUUGGUGACACACUUCCGUGUUAUUGACUGACAUGUUUUUCUACCACCUGUCACAGCCUCAUCAUGUGGGCUCUAUGUAUAAGAGUGACACAUCUAAACCUGAUGCACUACCUUGUCAGGGAACAUUGCGACAAGGGUGAACCUGUGUGUGUUAAUCUUUAUAAACAAGAACGGUCACAUUCUUAAACACCUUACUACUAGGGAGUCUUAAUAAGUCAGUCAACUAAGUUACAACGGGUGUCAGUUGCCUCCAUUUCAGAUGAUUUUGUACUCGACUAUAACACAGGGUGUCACAGUUUGUAUGUUUUGGUUAGAUCUGAACGUUAGUGAUGGACAGUUACAGCGAUUUCAGUUUGACAACCCAUUCUGAAGACUAGUGAGAAGCUACAGUCAUGAUGAGGAGCACUGCACUGUUCUGUCUCCUGUCCGUCUCAGGACUGUGUUACCUGACUCUCAGUAUCUCCCCUCCUCAGUAUCACUAUAUUAGCCUUCAAAUGAAUUCUAGCCAAGCCCAGACUUACUGUAGAGACAUGUACACUGACUUGGCAACCAUCUACAACUCAGGGGAUCUGGAUACACUUGUACAGUUGGUACCGAAUGGUACAGCCAGUGUCUGGAUAGGACUGGAGUUUGGAGAUGAAUUUGAGUGGCACUGGUCAUUACCAGAUCAGAGAAAGAUUGAGUUUUUCAACUGGAGGGCAGCAGAGCCGAAACAAAACAAUACUCAAGACAGCUGUGCUGCAAUGGAUCCAAACGGACAGUGGUUUGAGGAUAAUUGCCAAAUCAAAAGAGGUUUUGUUUGCUUUGAUGGGAAAAACGCUAGUAACAGUCACAUCUUCAUUGAUGACAGCAAGACUUGGAGAGAGGCUCAAGACCACUGCCGGGGUACGUACACAGACCUGGCCAGCAUACGGUCCAGAGAGGAAAACCAUCACGUCCAGAACAUGUCACUGUCCCAGAGCAUGUGGAUUGGUCUCUUCAAAGACCCAUGGAAGUGGUCAGAUGGGAGCAACUCCUCAUACCGCUUCUGGAAGACCAAUCAGCCUAACAACUUCAGAGGGGACCAGAACUGUACUUCUGUUAUACUCAACGAUAACAAGUGGAAUGUCCAGUGGUGCAACAUCAGCUGGGGGUUUGUCUGCCAUGGUGAAAUGAAGCGACCAACUACCCAGAUGCCACCUACAACUCCUCCCACAGCUACUGUGCCACCUACAACUCCUCCCACAGCUACUGUGCCACCUACAACUCCUCCCACAGCUACUGUGCCACCUACAACUCCUCCCACAGCUACUGUGCCACCUACAACUCAUCCCACAGCUACUGUGCCACCUACAACUCCUCCCACAGCUACUGUGCCACCUACAACUCCUCCCACAGCUACUGUGCCACCUACAACUCAUCCCACAGCUACUGUGCCACCUACAACUCCUCCCACAGCUACUGUGCCACCUACAACUCCUCCCACAGCUACUGUGCCACCUACAACUCCUCCCACAGCUACUGUGCCACCUACAACUCCUCCCACAGCUACUGUGCCACCUACAACUCCUCCCACAGCUACUGUGCUUGCCACUGCUGAACAGUCAACUACAGAUGAAGUAACACCUAAGCUAACAACUACCCAUUUUGUGCAGAUUCAACAUAUUCUUUUAGAUCUUUUACCAACCUCUGACCAAUCAACUACUGUAGGCUUACCUGUUCAAAACACUCCAUCUACACCAGUACCAACUACAUUCACUACCACAGACCAAGGUUCAAUUGAACAGUUAACUACAAAACACCUAACUACCGAACAUGGAACUACUGUUAAAAAAACAACUACAUUCAAUACCACAGUAAAUGUUACUAAACAGUUGACUACUGAACGCCUAAUGUCUGACCAAGCGACUAUUGUACCUGUUCAAAGCAAUAUCUCUAUGCCUGUACCAGUUUCAUUGAUUUCCACAGAACAUGUUUCAACUGAACAGUUAGCUAAUGAACACCUAACCUCUGACCCAGCAACUCCUGUACCUGUUCAAAGCAAUAUCUCAAUGCCUGUAGCAACUACAUUAACUAGAGACCAAGCAACUACUGGUUACAUACCUACAAGCACUACUUUCAAUACCACAGUGCGUGUUUCUACCGAACACACAAGCUCUGAUCAAGCAAUUACUGCACCUGUCCAAAAUACUCCGUCUACACCUGUACCAACUAUAUUCACGACCACAGAGCAAGUGACUACUAGUUACAUACCUACAAGUGCUAUGACUGCACCUGUCCAAAACACUCCCUCAUCGUCUGGACAAACUACAUUCAAUUCCACAGAACAUACUUCACCAGAACAGUUAACUACUGAACACCUAACCUCUGACCCAGUGACUACUGUACCUGUUCAAAAACCAGCUACGUUCAAUACCACAGUGCGUGUUUCUACUGAACACCUAACCUCUGACCCACUGACUACUCUACCUGUUCCAAAACCAGCUACGUUCAAUACCACAACUCCUAACAUCUGA